AUGGUAACGGGAGUGAUGCCGUACGACGACAGAAAUCCACAGAAAAUGGUGGAAAGGCAACUAGGUCAUAAAAUAAGGUUUCCAAAAAUCCAGCUUUCUGUACAAGUGAAGACCUUGAUAUAUGAAAUUCUUCAUCCAUUUCCACCAUCUCGACCCUCGUACAAAGCGAUCUGCGCUAGCGACUGGUUAAAAGACACUCAAUUUGUGUUUAAAGGGGGAAGAGAAUCUGGCACUCAAAGUCAGCAGGACUAA